AUGUCUGCCAAAGUGAUCAUCGUCACCGGCGCCAGCCGCGGCAUCGGCCUGGCUAUCGCCCAGUACCUGUUGAAGGACUCGCACAAGGUCGUGUUGGCAGCGAGGUCCAAGGACCAACUGGAGGCUCUCAAGUCCGCGCAUCCUGGACAGGUCGAGUAUGUUGCGGGAGACUUGGGUGAUCUCAAGACCAUCCCCAAGAUCGCCGAGGUGGCUGUCAAGGCCUUCGGCAAGAUCGACGGCAUUGUGAUCAACCACGGCGUAUUGGAGCCCGUCUCUCGUCUGGAAAACUUCAACGUCGAGGAAUGGAAGCGCGCAUACGACAUCAACGUCUUCAGUGGACUGGCAUUGGUACAAGCCGCUCUAUCUGAGCUGCGCAAGUCCAAGGGUUGCGUCCUUUGGGUUUCCUCCGGAGCAGCAACCGGCGCGUACACUGCCUGGGGCGCCUACGGCACCUCCAAGGCUGCCAUGAACCACCUCUCCGCCCACUUGGCCGUUGAGGAGCCCGACAUCACGAGCAUCGCCAUGAGCCCCGGUCGCGUCGAUACCGCCAUGCAGAAGGUCAUCCGCGACACCGGCAAGGACCACAUGGCCGAGAAGGACCACUCGUCCUUCGUCUCCGACUUUGACAAGGGAGGUCUCCUCAAGCCCGAGCAACCCGGCAACGUGAUGGCGCGGUUUGUCGUCAAGCCGGAGCACGCCCUGUCGGGCAAGUACUUCAAGUGGCAAGCUACAGAGCUUUCGGCGUACCAGGAGUAG